GGGAGCACAGGUCCCGCGCUCGAGACGGCGAGAGCGGCCAGUCGCGACGGCCGUGUCGGGGCGUGGACAAGCAGAGGACGGCCACGCUGCAGUCGGCCGCCGGCGUCUAGCGGCGGUUUAGAGGCGAGAUGAGUUCCUGCCCGUGGUCUGCGCUGCUGCUGUUGCUGCUGGCAGUGGGCGGCUGCUGGUCGGCGGACAUCUUGUUCAUCGCGCCGACGCCAUCCGUCAGCCACGCGCUGCCCAUCAACGCCGUGAUCGGCGCUCUGCUGGCCAGGGGGCACCGCGUCACGCACAUCACGCCGGACCCCAUGCAGCUCCAGGACACAAAGUACAAGGCGAUUGACCUAUCAGCGUCCUACUCGUUCCUGCAGCAGCUAAACAAAACAGUGCUGGCCGACACGUGGCCUAUGAAACUGGCCGAGGCGUACCACGAGCUGGGAGUCUUCUGCUGCACCGAUGAGCUCAAAAACCAGGCUCUACAGGACUGGUUAAAGUCUGAACACCGGUUCGAUCUCGUAAUCAUCGAGAGGCUUCCGUAUCAGUGCUACUACGGGCUGAUCCACAAGGUGGGGUCCCCUCCGAUGGUUGGCUUCUUGACACUACCGGCUAUGGUGCCGACCUACUACGCCAUAGGAAACCCCAUAAAUCCAGCCUAUCUGACAGAUGUCUUUAUUGGGUACACCGACCACAUGAAUUUCUGGCAGAGGCUGUACAACACUUACUUCGUCCUAAAAUUCCUGGUUUUCUGGCAGAACACAGUACUGCCAACUCAAGAAGCAAUUAUGAGGCAACACUUUGGUCCAGAGGCUCCUUCAGUCUACGAAGUGGAACGGAACUACAGUUUGCUGCUUUUAGCCGUUCAUUCCAGUGGGCAUUACCCAAGACCAAACGUACCCAACGUUAUUGAAGUGACGGGAUUACAUGUACAGGAAACAACAAAACCACCGCCUCAGGAUAUCAAGAAAUUUCUGGACGAAGCCAAACAUGGUGUGAUUUACUUCAAUCUGGGCUCUAACGUGAAAAGCAGCUCAAUGCCAGAACACAGGAGACAGGCAUUCAUCGACGCUUUUAGAGAGAUACCGCAGCGAGUGGUGUGGAAAUGGGAAGAAGAAAGCAUUCCCGAUAUACCAGAUAACGUGCUAGUGAGAAAGUGGCUUCCUCAACAGGAGAUUUUAGCUCAUCCUAAUGUAAAACUGUUCAUCAUGCAAGGAGGCCUGCAGAGUCUGAACGAAGCGGCAUACAGAGCCAUACCUCUGAUAGCCAUACCGUUCUUCUCUGACCAGACACACAACUGUGCGAAGAUAAAUUCAGCAGGAAUUGGUAUUAGAAUUUAUUUGAAGGAUGUCACAAAGGAGACUGUUCUCGAUGCCAUCCACAAAACUAUCGAAGAUUCAAGCUACAAGAAAAAUAUGGAAGAGUACUCUAAACUGUUCAGAGAACACAGGUCGACUUCCCUGGAUACGGCUGUGUGGUGGCUGGAGUACGUCAUCCGCCACAAGGGAGCGCCGCACCUGCGCAGUGCGGCCCUGGACCUCCACUGGUGGCAACUUCUGCUUCUGGACGUCAUCGCCUUCGUACUUGCUGUACUGAUUGCAGCUGUGACGAUCAUAUACUUUGUAGUAAAAUAUUUAGUGGUCAUGGUCAAAGGCAAAAAGGAGAAGAUCAAGGGACAAUGAGACUGCGUUUGAGUUUCAAACUGAAAUACUGCAACUUGUUGUUGUUCACCGCGAAUAACGCGCGUACCUGAUGAUUCUGAGCUCUAAGACUGAUUCAUUGCCUUGGCACCAGAACGUGUUACAGUGGGAAAAAAUAGAAAGAAAAUUGCGCAAUGGGCGUAACACGUUUUUAGUUCGAAACCAAUUUAGAAUAUACUAGGAUUGAGGUACAUUGACUUACGGUGGCCCCCUUAAACUCUAAGACGAUACUCCUACUAAUGUUAUAGUUAAUAAACUUCCCACUAUGUGAGAAACUGUAAGAGGCUUCUAGCUUCUGCUCAUAUUGUCUGCUGCGGGUUUGUGUUACUCGCAUAUUUUCAAAAGUGGUAAUAACUAAUAACAGGCGUUUCGUAAUCGACAAAACAAUACGCAACAGAAACUCAUUUGUAAAGACAGUAUUUUUUUUUAUACUCAUCUAAGCAAAUAAUAAAUGUUUUGGGAAAAUGUA